AUGAGUCGAAAUGCAAAAAGUGGCAACAAAAGCAAAAUGGGCGAAGCGACAAUGAAGCGACGAAAAUUGUCGGCGAUGUCGAAUAAAGGAUCCCCGGCGACAAAUGAUGGAGAUACCCCGGAAGAGCUUAUUGCCCAUUUUACAACAAUACCAAAUAAAAAGAAUUUGUACGACGCGCUUAGCGGACACGCAAGAAUAGUUGCCGAUGGAUUUCUUAAAAAUAUUGAUAAAAACAUUCGUCUUCCCGUGCCGAUUCCCGAAAAAAGACGAGUGAAGUUAGAUAAAGAUGAAGAUUAUAUUCCUGCACAGUAUGUGAAGCUCGAAAACUCUGAAUAUGUGCUAGUGCAGGCUCCAAGCAAGGCCAACCAACGUGAGCUGUGGCGUCUUGUCUGGCAGGAUCAGAUAAAAGUGAUGAUUUGUCUUUGCACUGAGGAACAAAUGUCAGCAAGUGAUGAUGCCAAAUGCUUCCCUUAUUUUCCUAAUGAAGCAAAUCAAACAAAAGAAAUCGAGACUAAAAAAGGAAAACUUGUGGUAACGUGUAAAGCGAAAGAAUCAACGAGUUGCAUGUAUCACAAAUAUGAAUUAGAAGUGACAAUGACAGAAGCUGAGGGGACAUCAGAAGAAAAGAAACCUGAUGAGGAAUUAUCAGGAAGUGUCGCUGGCAAAGUGCUUCCGAUCACAUUAUUCCAUAUGUACGGCUGGCCGCAGAAGCCAGAAAAUUCGAAGGAUCCGUUCGACAUGUCGCAUAAUGUCGCAUUAUUGUGUAAAGAAGUUUUUAAAGCGGAAAUGAAUGUGCUCCGAAAGAGCAUGGAAAACUUUGUGCCACCGGUUUUGAUACAAUCAAUGGAUGCUAUUGGGCGAUCUGCGGUUCUUUGGGUUUGUUUAAUGCUCUACAAAGACGUAGAAAAACGCGAAUGUUUCGAUGUUCCUGAACUUAUCAAAAAAGUUCAGAAAAUGCGACCCGGCUCACUUUCUACAUACCACAGCUUUUGUUUCACAUUCGCCGUUUCAUUGUGGAUUGGAAAAGAAGCUAAUUGGAUGUCGGAUAGUGAAUGCUCAUCUAAACUUGGAGAGUUAACCAAAGGAUAUUUGGACAGAAAGUUAAAUGAACAAGGCGUUCCAAUCAUUUGA